CUUCCCUCCCACAGCCCAGGAGUCCUGCCUCCCAGUCUCCAGUGCUAUGACCACUAGGCCAGUCAGCAGAGCACAGAAGAAACCAUGCUAACAUGGCCAGGGGGUGGCAGUGGCAAUGGCGGGGGGGCGGGCGGGGUGCAGUCCCUGACAGAGACAAUAGCCCAGAGGUCCCUGGUGCAGAGCUGCAGCACGGCUGUGGGGUAGAGAAGCAGCUUGGUGGCUUGAGGCUUCCUGUGUUACAAUGAGGCUGAGAAGGACCCUGCAUGCUCUCACGAGUCAGGGUGUAGUAGCAGUUCCUGUGACAGGCAGAUGAAUACAAGAGAUGGGGUGGGGGUGGGGUGGCUUUUUCCACCUUGUAGCAAUGAGUUCCACUGGCCCCAGCACCUGCAUGCUAGGAGCCAACAGCACCGAUCCCCACUUCCUUGAGCCUGCCAGUCCCUUCCCUGGAGACAGAUUGGAGCUGGCGUCUGCUCGGGAGGAAAAGCCUCGUUUCCCAUUAACCACCCUUCUGAGCUAGCCCAUCAUCCAGAUCACAGCGACAUGGCAUUCUCAGCAUAGCUGUGUAUUUGACUGACUAGACUGUCCCCAUCCCCACUCCUCCCACAUCUACUAUCCCUCUUUCCCUGCUCUGCUGCCCAUAGUUCUACCUUGUAGCAGUGAGUUCCACCGGCUAUAGCCCUGUUGCUGAGACUAUCGAGCCUGCAUAUUCUGGACGACCAGAGGGUCCCUAGAGAGAUCCUCUCCAAUGGGCACCAUGGACCAAGGCACAUGACUCCCCCACCAACCACUGGGGCAAAUUCCAGCCAGACCCCAGCAGCUGUGAGCGCCUCUCACCUGGCUGCAGCCGUAUUGCUCUUCCCCACCUUCCUGGUGGGUGUGGUGGGGAACGGGCUGUACCUGUGGGUGCUGGGGCUGAAGAUGAGGAUGACGGUGAUCACGCUCUGGUUCCUCCACCUGGUAUCCUGCUACCUCCUCUUCACCCUGCUGAUCCCCUUCUUCAUCAUCUCCCUCCUCAUGGGUUUCCCCUGGGUCUUCGGCACGGUCAUGUGCAAGAUCCUCAACAUCUGCAUCUCUGUGGGCAUGUUCUCCUCAGUCUUCCUUCUCACCUUCAUCAUCCUGGACUGCUACACCCUCACUCACCACCCCAUCUGGUCCCGGAAUCACCGCUCCGUGACCUGGGCUAGGAAGCUGGUUGUGGGAGUGUGGCUGACAUCCUUUGGUCUCAGCGCUCCCUACCUGGCUUUCCGGGAGACCCCGAUGGUUCACACGGGCAGAACCACCUGCAUCAAUAAUUACACCCUCUCUGGAGACUGGAAUGGAGCCAAGCCACAGAAGCUGGGGAGAUGGGUCCACCUGGCCAUCUUCAUGGUCCGGUUCCUGCUAGGUUUCUUUCUCCCCUUCUGCACCAUCGCAGGAUGCUAUGUCCGUGUGGGGCUGAAGAUGAAGGAGAAGAAGCUGGCGUGGGCUGGGAAGCUCUUCAAAGUCAUGGUGGCUGCGGUGGUUUCCUUCUUCCUUGGCUGGCUGCCCUACCACCUCCACCAUGGCUUGAAGCUCUACAAGCUCUCACCUGGAAUACUGUGUGCAGUUCUGGUCUCCCAUGUUUAAGAAGGAUAAAUUCAAACUGGAACAAGUACAGAGAAGGGCUACUAGGAUGAUCCGAGGAACGGAAAACUUGUCCUAUGAAAGGAGACUCAAGGAGCUUGGCUUGUUUAGCCUAACUAAAAGAAGGCUGAGGGGAGAUAUGAUUGCUCUCUAUAAAUAUAUCAGAGGGAUAAAUACCGGAGAGGGAGAGGAAUUAUUUAAGCUCAGUACCAAUGUGGACACAAGAACAAAUGGAUACAAACUGGUCAUUGGGAAGUUUAGACUUGAAAUUAGACAAAGGUUUCUAACCAUUAGAGGAGUGAAGUUUUGGAAUAGCCUUCCAAGGGAAGCAAUGGGGGCAAAAGACCUAUCUGGCUUUAAGAUUAAACUCAAUAAGUUUAUGGAGGAGAUGGUAUGAUGGGAUAACAUGAUUUUGGCAAUUAAUUGAUCUUUAAAUAUUCAUGGCAAAUAGGCCCAGUGGCCUGUGAUGGGAUGUUAGAUGGGGUGGGAUCUGAGUUGCUACAGAGAAUUCUUUGCUGGGUAUCUGGCUGGUGAAUCUUGCCCAUAUGCUCAGGGUUCAGCUGAUCGCCAUGUUUGGAGUCGGGAAGGAAUUUUCCUCCAGGGCAGAUUGGAAGAGGCCCUGGAGGUUUUUCGCCUUCCUCUGUAGCAUGGGGCCCGGGUCACUUGCUGAAGGAUUCUCUGCUCCUUGAAGUCUUUAAACUAUGAUUUGAGGACUUCAAUAGCUCAGACAUAGGUGAGAGGUUUUUCGCAGGAGUGGGUGGGUGAGAUUCUGUGGCCUGCGUUGUGCAGGAGAUCAGACUAGAUGAUCAUAAUGAUUCCUUCUGACCUUAAUAUCUAUGACUCUAUGAAAAAGAAGGAGGUGCCAGAGUUGGUGACGGGUGCCGUCUUGGUCAUUUACACCUUUACAUCCUGCUUCAAUGCCUGCUUCACCCCCAUUCUCUGUCUCUUUGUGGGGGAGAAGUUCUGGCAGGUCUUCAGGAAGUCUCUUCUCACUCUCGUCAAAGCAGCUUUUGUCAAUGAUCUCGCCAGCAGGGCUGUCGAGUCUAAUGAAAGACACGGGUCAGAAGUUGAGAACACAAAACGGGUGACGGCCUCAAGAUGCCCAGACUUAGGGGGAGUUGAAAACUUGUCAUCCCAGACAAGAUUCCUGAUGGUUCUAAAUUCUAAUGGGUUCCCGGCAUCCCACUGUUCAUAAACUCUGCAGUGUUCCUGGAUUGUAGAUUCCGUGCUCUCUCCAGAAUUUAAUGUGUUCUAGAUAACUCAAUUUUUUCAAACUCAAUGGGUCAUCAAUGACACCAGAUUAGUAGCCAGCUCCAGAAUCUUGUUUGUUUUAGAACUCUCAAUGUGUUCUAACCUAAUUGACUCUCUUGGAUUCUGCAUCACUAGCUGUCUCUGGAAUUUCAUGUCUUGUAAUCCUCUCAAUGUGUUCAAAAUGGAAGACUAUGGGUUCUAUAUUCCAGACUGGAUCUACAACAUCACUGGAUUCUAAAGUGUUUUCAAACCACAUAGAAUCGAACAGGUUCCAGACUGUUUCCUAAAAGUUUCAUUGGGGUUCUAAAUUUCCAGAUGGUUUAAAAUCCAUUUGGAGUAGUAUAUUAUAGAAGAGUCUAUAUAUUACAAUACUGAUAUCUAGCUCUUCUCUAGUAUUUCUAAUCAGUAGAUCUCAAAAGAAGUUUAGCAGGGAGAUCAUUAGCAGUCUUCCAGUUUUUACUAAUGGGGAAACUGAGACACAAAAUGGGGAAAUGACUUGCCCAAGGUCAUUCAGUAGAACCUUCAGCCCAUCCAGUGGCACAGCCAUGAACAAACUCAUGUCAGCUGUGUCCCAGCCCGGGCCUCUAUCCAUUGAAUCUCUUUAGAUUGUGGGCUUUCUGGGACAGGGUCUUUUUGCUCUGUUUGUGCAGCGCCUAGCAUAGUGGGAUUCUGGUUCAGGAUUUGGGCUCCCAGCACUACCAAAAUAGAAAGUAAUAAUAAAUAAUCAUUCCCGUGUGUUCCUUGAACUACAUAAAAUCUAUAUGUUUUGUGGGGUGGCUUUGACAUAAUUUACAAACACAGCGUCAUCAGCUCACUGGAAUAUUUAGUGUGGGGAGGCUCUGGCUUAAUUUAAGAGCAGCCAGUAAGGAAAACAAGCCGGCAGAAUGAAGAGCGGCUCUAGAGAAACCACCUGUCCUUGAACAUUCAGGGUGGUGUAGAGGUAACGCCCAAGCUAGUAACUGUGAUGUUGUAUGGAAUGUGGGUGACAAUUCAUGAUAUUAUGGACACCAAUAUUAAGAUAUUGCAUGAAUCGUACAAAUUAUGCCAUGUAAGGUAUGCAUGGAUAAGAUAUGAUGUGCUAAAUAUGGGAAGCUUGUUUAUAUGUAUGAGUCAUCUUUAUGUUUUGAGUUAUAGACAUGUGUGGUAUAUUGAUAUUUCCUAUUUGUACUGUAUAUCUGGGUGACACCCUGUCAUAAAUAUAAAGGGAAGGGUAAACACCUUUAAAAUCCCUCCUGGCCAGAGGAAAAAACCUUUCACCUGUAAAGGGUUAAGAAGCUAGGAUAACCUUGCUGGCACC